CGGCGGGCGCGACGCCUUCCGCGCCUUCCUGCGGCGGGAGCGGGUGGCCGAGUUCCUGUCGGAGCCCGAGCUGCAGGCGGUGCUGGCGGCCGCCGUGCCGCCCCGCGAGGAGGCGGAGGAGCCGGGCGAGCGCUCGCCGGACUGCUCCUCGCUCACCUACUUCCCCGAGCGGUCGGACGCGGAGCCGCCGGUGCUGGAGCUGGGCUGGUCGGGCUUCGCCAGCGGCGCCUUCCGCGGGCUCCCGCGCGUCGAGGCGCACUUCCAGCCCGGCUUCGGCGCCGCGCUGUACGGCUGCAAGGAGGCGGUGCGCAGGGAGAUCCGCUCCGCCAGGGAGGUUAUUGCCCUGGUGAUGGAUUCCUUCACAGACAUGGAUAUCUUCAAAGACCUUCAAGAAGCUUGUAACAAGAGGCAUGUUAAAGUGUACAUACUUUUGGAUCAGGCUUCAUUUCCCCACUUUCUGAAAAUGUGCAGCAAUUUGGGAGUUAAUAUUGAGGAGCAAAAGCUGAUGAGGGUCCGAAACAUAAAUGGAAACACAUAUUAUACGAGGUCAGGAGCUAAAAUUGUUGGGAAAGUCCAUGAAAAGUUCAUGUUGGUUGAUGGCAUAAGGGUGACAACAGGUUCCUACAGUUUCACAUGGACUGAUGGGAAACUAAACAGCAGCAACAUCAUAAUUCUAUCGGGCCAAGCAGUUGAACACUUUGACCUGGAAUUCCAGAUCCUUUAUGCAGAUUCAAAGCCCAUCAACCCCCGGCUGUUGUCCUGCAGCCAAGAGCGUGAAAUAGCUAAUCAGCUGAUCAAACCAUGGAUAUCAAAGACUUGAUGAGGAAAAGCUACUUGCAGAUAGAAUUUUUCAACUUCAAAGCAUUGUCAGGAGACGCAAGGAAACAGUCAGCUGUAUUCUUCUGGAGAGGCAAGGCAUAUGUCAAAUUUUGACACACGAGCUUCUUCACCAUUGACUUAGCUUCGUGACUGCAGGGUCAUUCUACAUUAGAGCAAAGGGAGAUGAACUGUAGCUGUACUUGGACUGAAACCUGAGAACAACCUCUGGUGACCAUGUCCAACUCCUACUUUGAAAAAACAAUGUCACAAUGGUAGUAGGUGGAAAACAAGCCUCAAAGUGAGGGAAUGCAAUAAACAGUGGUUCCACUGUAUGGCUGCUGCAACAUACUGCACAGUUGUAUAUUUUGUAGGCCUGCUUCCUCUGGUUCAGAAGUGAUAAUGAAAAUGUCUUUAGCAUAUUGUUUUAAAUAGUAUAUAAUUAUAGGUUAUAAUUCCUAUUCCAUGAUAUCUUUGAGGUUUAACGUAUUUUAAAUUAAAACUAUCUUGGUAUAGUUUUU